ACAAACUACGAAGAUGAUGUCAUCUCCGUAAAUCCUCUCCAGAAGAAUAUCUUAUCUAUUUAUAGUCAUUUUUGUCAUCAUAUAAAGCCUGAGCAAGUCCUACAUAUUUCAAUUAGUGUGUAAGUUGGAAAAUACAUGAUACUUGCAUUGUAGAAUAUAUUUCAUCGUUGCCCUGGGGUUCACUUCAUUUCCGAAGAUGACGUCACAGAUGUAAAUACGACCAGAAAGGCAGUCUGUCUGUUUCGUUGCAAACCACCCAAAGUAGAAUGAAAAUUGCGUCUAUAUAGUUGGUUUAAAAUUAUAGAUUGUAACCAUGGAUCUAGAUGAUGAUUUCGACUAUGAGCAGGACAUGUCGGAAGAAGAAGAAAGCGAUGGCGAUGAUAAUUUCGUGGAUAUGGGGCUCGAAACGGAACCGUCGACAACACAGGAAAAACACGAAUCGGAAGAAUUCCCAUACGAAAUUUUCACGGCGGAUCAAAUUGUCCAGUUCAUGGUUGAUUGCAUAAAAGAAGUGAAUGCAGUUGUCCAGAUCCCUUCAACUAUAACUAGGAUAUUGCUGAAUCAUUUCAAAUGGGACAAAGAGAAGUUGAUGGAAAGGUAUUAUGAUGGAGAUCAGGAGAGGCUAUUCUCGGAGGCCCAUGUUGUCAGUCCACACAGGAAGGACUCAUCAGGCAGACCUGCCAAGAAGAUGACGAGGUCGGCAUCAGCGGCAGCCAGCCAGGAAGUUACCUGUGAGAUUUGUUGUUUUGGGAAAGUCGCUGUGGAAAUGACAGGGCUGGAGUGUGGUCAUAAGUUCUGUGUGCCGUGCUGGACAGACUACCUCACAUCAAAGAUUAUAGACGAAGGUCAAGGUCAAACAAUAUCCUGUGCUGCGUUUGGUUGUGAUAUUUAUGUAGAUGAUGCCACUGUCAUGAAACUAGUCAAGGAUAGAAAAGUAAAGUUGAAGUACCAACAUCUUAUAACAAACAGUUUUGUAGAAUGUAAUAGACUUCUAAGAUGGUGCCCCGCCCCAGAUUGCGGCCAUGCUGUUAAGGUUGGGUACUUUGACUGUAGACCAGUAACUUGUGCGUGUGGCCACACAUUCUGUUUUGCCUGUGGUGAGAACUGGCAUGACCCGGUGAGAUGUGUGUGGCUAAGGAAAUGGAUAAAGAAAUGUGAUGAUGAUAGUGAAACAUCAAAUUGGAUAGCAGCCAAUACAAAGGAAUGUCCCAAGUGUCAUGUGACAAUAGAGAAGGAUGGUGGGUGUAAUCACAUGGUGUGUAAAAACCAAAACUGUAGGGCUGACUUCUGCUGGGUGUGUCUAGGUCCCUGGGAGCCUCAUGGAUCCUCGUGGUAUAACUGUAACAGAUAUGAUGAGGAUGAAGCCAAGAAAGCCAGAGACAACCAGGAGAAAUCGCGGGGGCAACUCCAGCGCUAUCUUUUCUACUGCAAUCGAUAUAUGAAUCACAUGCAGAGUCUAAAGUUUGAGAACAAGCUGUACACCUCUGUGAAGUUGAAGAUGGAGGAAAUGCAGCAACACAUGUCGUGGAUUGAGGUGCAGUUCCUGAAGAAAGCUGUGGACGUUCUAUGUCAGUGUCGCCAGACCCUGAUGUUUACCUACGUCUUCGCAUUCUACCUAAAGAAGAACAACCAGUCCAUUAUAUUUGAGGAUAAUCAGAAAGAUCUAGAAAACGCUACUGAACAGCUGUCCGAGUAUUUAGAGCGGGACAUAACGUCUGAUAUGCUGCACGACAUCAAACAGAAAGUACAAGAUAAAUACAGAUAUUGUGAAAGCCGACGCAAUGUGCUGUUAGACCAUGUACACGAAGGCUAUGAAAAGGAACUGUGGGAAUAUCACGAUUUCUUCUAAAUUCCAACCCAAUAUUUUCAUUCUUAUCCACUGAAGGGAGAGGUACCUAAACCACUGAUACAGAUGAGAGGUAUACUGGGUCUACAUACACGACCCAAGUACAAACUUGUUAAGAUUUGAUAUAUGAGAGCCUUGCUGGACACACACCUGGACAUCAGUAAUGGAUCCGGUCUCCGUGAUAAUCUCGUGUUUGUAUGCUCGCGCCAUUUUAUCAUCUGUACCUGAAUGCGUAUGAAGAAUAUGUGUAUAUAACAUUUAAAUAUAUGCUUAUGAAUUAUGAAAGUCUGGUUUAAAUCUUUCUGCGGAGUAACGCGUGAUGAACAGAAUCAAGGAUGAAACUUUUGAUUUGUUAAGUCAGCAAUGUUAUUGACAGAAUACAGAUGUUUUCCAGAUUCUGUCUUGGCUGUGUGGAGAUAACAUUUUAUCUAGUUGAGAUGGAUGAAAGGCAAUUUGUGGUUUUUUUAAGUGUGCUAUUGUAAGGAAGAUGGUUCCCUAAACAAGUAAUACACUAUUUAUAGAAACUUUUUAUUUGUUCAUGAUAAUCAUUCAUCAUAUCCCGUAUCAAAAUCAAAUUUUAUUUUCAGUAAUAAAUCCUCUUUUAUUGAUCAGAGACCGGUACACUUGAUUUGACGUAUUUGAGUUUUUUUAUGUUCAGUUUAUGUUUAAUAGUAUACGUCCUGUUAAGAUAUUUUCUUUUCCAUAUUGGAAAAGUUUUUCACAGGAAACGUCACUUAGUAUAACCACAAAUUAAUAAACAAUUGUGGCAUCAAUUUAGAUCAUUAAUCAUUAUAGACAUAUUUUAACAAAAUUUAGGACACUCUGAUUUUAACAUUAACACCAAAGCCUGCCAAUAUUCUAGAUAUAAAUCUGCAGUUCUUGAUCAAUGGAUUUGGGUCAAACUUUUCAUCAUAUUGAAGACCUUUCUGUUACAAAAUUUUACAAUCAAGAUGAGAAAUUUACCAUUUGAUGUCAGAAUGAGCACAGUAUGGUUUUCAUAUCAUUAGCUGUACCAAAAUGGGUCUGAUCUGUAUUACACAAUAUAUUGAAGUUAAGUUUUGUAAUCAAUUAAGAACACAGCUGUAUAUAUUAAUAUAUAAUUUAUUCUAAUUUUAUGUUGAAUUUGUUAAUCCUAACUCCAUGAACUGGUACAGAAUUGAUCUAGUAAUAAACCUUUAUCUUAACUAAGUAAACUGAUACAGAACUGAUCUAGUAAUAAACCUUUAUCUUAACUACAUGAACUGGUACAGAAUUGAUCUAGUAAUAAACCUUUAUCUUAACUAAGUAAACUGAUACAGAACUGAUCUAGUAAUAAACCUUUAUCUUAACUACAUGAACUGGUAGGUAUUGAUCUAGUAAUAAACCUUUAUCUUAACUAAGUAAACUGGUACGUAUUGAUCUAGUGAUAAACCUUUGUCUUAACUACAUGAACUGGUAUGUAUUGAUCUAGUAAUAAACCUUUAUCUUAACUACAUGAACUGGUACAGAAUUGAUCUAGUAAUAAACCUUUAUCUUAACUACAUGAACUGGUACAGAACUGAUCUAGUAAUAAACCUUUAUCUUAACUACAUGAACUGAUACAGAACUGAUCUAGUAAUAAACCUUUAUCUUAACUACAUGAACUGGUACGUAUUGAUCUAGUAAUAAACCUUUAUCUUAACUACAUGAACUGGUAGGUAUUGAUCUAGUAAUAAACCUUUAUCUUAACUAAGUAAACUGGUACGUAUUGAUCUAGUGAUAAACCUUUGUCUUAACUACAUGAACUGGUAUGUAUUGAUCUAGUAAUAAACCUUUAUCUUAACUACAUGAACUGGUACAGAACUGAUCUAGUAAUAAACCUUUAUCUUAACUACAUGAACUGGUAUGUAUUGAUCUAGUAAUAAACCUUUAUCUUAACUACAUGAACUGGUACGUAUUGAUCUAGUAAUAAACCUUUAUCUUAACUACAUGAACUGGUACGUAUUGAUCUAGUAAUAAACCUUUAUCUUAACUACAUGAACUGGUACGUAUUGAUCUAGUAAUAAACCUUUAUCUUAACUAAGUAAACUGAUACAGAACUGAUCUAGUAAUAAACCUUUAUCUUAACUACAUGAACUGGUACAGAACUGAUCUAGUAAUAAACCUUUAUCUUAACUACAUGAACUGGUACGUAUUGAUCUAGUAAUAAACCUUUAUCUUAACUACAUGAACUGGUACGUUUUGAUCUAGUAAUAAACUUUUAUCUUAACUACAUGAACUGGUACGUAUUGAUCUAGUAAUAAAGCUUUAUCUUAACUACAUGAACUGGUACAGAACUGAUCUAGUAAUAAACCUUUAUCUUAACUACAUGAACUGGUACGUAUUUAUCUAGUAAUAAACCUUUAUCUUAACUACAUGAACUGGUACGUAUUGAUCUAGUAAUAAACCUUUAUCUUAACUACAUGAACUGGUACGUAUUGAUCUAGUAAUAAACCUUUAUCUUAACUACAUGAACUGGUACAGAAUUGAUCUAGUAAUAAACCUUUAUCUUAACUACAUGAACUGGUAUGUAUUGAUCUAGUAAUAAACCUUUAUCUUAACUACAUGAACUGGUACGUAUUGAUCUAGUGAUAAACCUUUAUCUUAACUACAUGAACUGGUACAUAUUGAUCUAGUAAUAAACCUUUAUCUUAACUACAUGAACUGGUACGUAUUGAUCUAGUAAUAAACCUUUAUCUUAACUACAUGAACUGAUACAGAACUGAUCUAGUAAUAAACCUUUAUCUUAACUACAUGAACUGAUACAGAACUGAUCUAGUAAUAAACCUUUAUCUUAACUACAUGAACUGGUACGUAUUGAUCUAGUAAUAAACCUUUAUCUUAACUACAUGAACUGGUACGUAUUGAUCUAGUAAUAAACCUUUAUCUUAACUACAUGAACUGGUACGUAUUGAUCUAGUAAUAAACCUUUAUCUUAACUACAUGAACUGAUACAGAACUGAUCUAGUAAUAAACCUUAAUCCUAACUACAUGAACUGGUACGUAUUGAUCUGGUAUUAAAUCCCCCCAUGUCUAUUCCAGUUCAGACAAAAAAUGCUCAUAAUUAUUUUUUUCUUAUUACAGUACAAGUAUGUUACUUGGUUAUUUUCAGGUUAAAGAAAAGUAUAUACAUGUACACGAAACUUGAUCCUGAAAUGAGCAAGUGCUCAGACCAUUCUGUGUAUAGCUGUGUGGAUUAAAAUUAAAACAUUGUGUGUUACUGCUUAGUGAAAUGAAUUAAGUUUUGUGGUUUGAAUUUAACUAUAUGAUUAAAUUAUUGAUAUGAUUUCUAAAGGUGGUGCAGCAUUGUUAGCUUUUAAACAGAAUGUGCUUCUAACAUUGGGUGACGGGUCGAUGGAGGUAAAAACAACGUGUGUUUUGUAGAAGGCUUCUUAAUCCAAUGUGCUCUCUGCCUCUUAUCUUGUGAAUGAGCUGCAUAUAUAUGCAUUUCUUGUAGACUUCUGUAACUGUUCCAACUCGACAUAUUGUCAUCCCUGUAAAUUUGAAUAGUUUUGAUCUCGUCACCAGAGGAUUGAUUAAUCAAAUUAUCAAAAGGGAAAGACAGAAUGUUUAAAAAAAAAAGUGUCUUUUGAUAAAAAUUAAUUAUAAUAAAGGUAGCUCUGAAAGCUCUUUGUGUAUGAAAAUUAUAUAUAGUACAUGAAACAAGACAUACACUGAUAAGUUCAUUACAUGUUUUGUUUGUCUGCUUAUGAACAGUAAUCUGCCUAAAACAUUUCCUUUUUAAAAUGCAUAUUCUCUAAUCCAAAUGUUCUUGACACCAGUAAAUGCAUCCCAAUUUAUUUACUGACUGGACAAAAAAUGCUGGUCCAGUGACUUUUCAGCAAUAACACCGAUCAUUAUUAUAAUUUUGUCUUUAUUUCUGAAUGUGCUUGGCAAACACCUUUAGUGUAAGAAAUGUUGAUGAAAGUGUAUAAUUUCAGCAUGUAUUUAAAAUGUUUGACUUAGUGAGUGUGAAUCGGUGAGAAAAUGUGUUGUACACUAAACCGGUCAUAAAAGGUUUCCUGUCUGCUUGUAUUGGAAAACAGUUUUGUACGAGGUCUGUUCUUGCCCGAUAUAUAUUAUAAUGACAGAUAUAUAUACGGUUAUACAGAAGAAAUGAGAACUGCUUACAUUCAUUGAAUUAGGCAUCAAUUUUCCUACAAAACACCAAAUUGCUGUUAGUUUAAAUGCUGGCGAAUGAUAAAUAUGUUUCAGACUUUCAUUAUCAGUAUUCAGAAAAUUUAUGUAAGAAACAUUGUAUUAUAAAAUCUGUGUUAUAAAAUCUCGUGAAAAUGUC